CAAAAAGAUUAAAGGUGGUUUCGUGUUGAAACACAUUUAAUACAGUUUAUAGCAACCCGGAAGAAUUAUAUUAAGAAUAUAUCAGACGCACAAACAAAAAUAAAGGAUAGUAUCAAUGAUAUUUUUUGCAGCGAAAAAUGAAUAAAUUUGUUUACAAUACGUGCACUAAUACAGUAAAAUUAUUUUGGAUCUAUUUAUAGAAUGUAAACGGAUUUAAAAGUAGGUUAAGAAAAUGUCGUCGGACGAGUUUGUCUUAGAGAAAACUUUGGGUGAAGGAGCUUUUGGUAAAGUGUACCUUGUUAAAGGCCAGGAUGCGAAGCAGUAUGCUAUGAAAAUAAUUGACUUGCGGACAUCGCCAGAAGAGGAAAAGGAACUUGCAGUAAAAGAGGCCAACCUGUUGAAAGAACUCAAUCAUCCUAAUGUACUCCAGUAUACCGAUUCAUUUGAAAGUGAUGGAGCACUGUGUAUUGUCACAGAAUUCUGUUCAAAUGGAGAUUUAUCCGAAUUUUUAGAGAAACGAAAGGGAAAGAAACUGGAAGAAGAUCAACUGCGAGAAUGGUUUAGACAAAUCACAUGUGCUUUACAGUAUUUACAUAGGAAGACUAUAAUUCAUAGAGAUGUGAAGACACCAAAUGUUUUUCUGUCAAUGUCUUGGGAGGUCAAGCUAGGAGACAUGGGACUUGCAAAAGUACUAGAGAGACCAAAUGCAAAGGCGGUAACAUUCUGUGGCAGUCCAUACUACAUGAGUCCUGAAAUAUUUUCAUGUAAACCCUAUGAUUCCAAGAGUGAUAUAUGGGCAUUAGGUGUUAUAGUAUAUGAGAUGGCAACAUUAGAGCGACCUUUUGAUGCAAUGUUGAUGCACCAGCUAGUCUUCAAGAUUGUCCAUGGAGGGUUGCCAAACAUGCCUACAGGCUAUAAAGGGGAGCUAACUGAUUUGUUGAAACAAAUAAUGCAGAAAGAACCGGAGAAAAGGCCGUCAGCAGAUGAUAUUCUACAACAUGACUAUUUCAAGGGUGUUAGGCCAGCUUUACCACCUCGGCCUAAAGUAGAUAGGAGUGGAGCAGGAGAGGUGUAUGGUAGAUCAGCCUAUGGUAUAGUGAGACCUGCUCCUGGUAGAGCAGGGAACCAUGGAGCUGGGGGACCAUUUGAUACCAAGAAACUUCUAGAAACCAUGUCAAAGAAACGAGAAGAAAAGCGUCAAGCAGAACAGGCAAUGGGUGCAGCUGGAGGUCUACAAUCAAUCAUUGCCAAGAAAGACGAGGGUAAAAAAGUUGGAAAGUUAGUUGAUAAAUUCAAGAAAGACGUAACUAUAAAACCGUCUCCUGCGAAAACCGCUGUGUCUGUAUCUGAUGUAAACUUUUCUGUUCGUUCAAGUGCAGACUUUGAGAGUACGCUGAAGGAUGUUCAGAGUCAAGUUGCAACAGAUGCAUUUAAUGUAAUGCAGUUAAUAGUACGCACGAUGACCGGAUUGUUUCCAAAAGAUGAUGAAAGUGCAAAAGAAGCAUUAGCCAGGAGUCAUGAUCCCCAAGCUGUGAUGUUGAGGCAGGUGGAACAUCUACAAUACUACUGCAUCAAAGUUCUGAACAAUGAUGUUGCUUUGUUCCAACGGGCUUACGAUCUAAUGAGUACUGAGAAAGAUGAAAAUAAAUUAGAGGAACAACUGAUCAAUGUACUAGGUCAUGAGAAGUUCGGCUUAUGUGGAGUUCAGUUAAUGUUCCUGAAAAACUUUGAAUACAACUUAUCAAAGUUGACUGGAUAGUAGUGUUUAUAAUAAAUGUACAACAAUCUGUGGUGAUAAUCUUUCCAAAAUCAGUUUGGAAAUAUCAAAAAAAGGAUUUUCAUGAUAUGAUUUGACCAUGAAUUUUAAAAUGAAUGUUCAAUGAUGGCUUCUGUCUUUACUUUUAAUAAUCAGUUUUUUAUUGUUCUUAUUAAGAUAUUUAUAUACAUGUGUAUAUUAAAAUGCAUUCCCAGUUUAAAGGAAACAGCAAAUUAUGUCCGGCAUUAAUUGUGAUGCUAAUGUCCAGGAUUAGUUGCGAUGACAGGCUUUUGUUCUAAUGUGCCGCAUCAAGUCUGAUGGCAUGCUUUGGUUCUAAUGUCCCACAUCAAUUCUGAUGGCAUGCUUUGGUUCUAAUGUCCGACAACAAUUUUGAUGGCAGACUUUGGUUCUAAUAUCCGACAACAAUUUUGAUGGUAGGCUUUGCUUCUAAUAUCCCGCAUCAAUUUUGAUGAUUAGCUUAAUAUAAUAUUUACUGCCUGGCUUUAAUUUUGACAGUAGGUUUUAUAGUUCUCUACCUGGAAUAAAUUGAUAACAUUCUGAUGCUAAUGUCUUGCAUCAAUAUUUAUGACAGGCUAUGGUUAAUGUCUGACAUCAAUUUUGAUGCCAGGCUUUUAGUUUCAAGUUCUACUGCCUUCAUUUAUUCUGAAAGCAGAUUUUAUUUCUUAUGUCAGCCAUUAAC